AUGGAUGACAACGUUACAGUGCAUGAACUGCAGUCGUCGCCUCCUCGAGGGCUCCCUGUACGGCUGUCGGGGGUGCUGAGUGACUCCACGUUGUCGGUGCGAGGCGCGGUCUCAGGAGCGCUGAAGAUAGACCUCCCGCUGCCAUUCAAAGGUGAUGACACUCUGAGGCUCGUCGCUUUGAGUUUACCCUCAGCAACAAAGAAGGAUUAUGACACGGUCAAGGUGAAGCUGGGUGUUGUUUUUGGCCCAAAGUACUCCCUGCCCUUUUUCCAAACUCAUGUAAAUGCUCGUCCUCGUCAGCCCGGGGAGAGCUUGGAUGUUUACAGUGCAGAUAUAACCCGAUUGGUGUUGGAGGCUUUUCCGAGGUAUGACCACAAUGCCAUAGAGGGGGAGAAAUUUUGUCGUUUUGUGGCUGGUUUGGACCCGUCACUUCAGGCCAAAAUACAUGAGCAGGGAGCAGAGGACAUUGAAGAGGCCCUGCGUGUAGAGAGACGCUGUGAGAGGGCACGUGUGGCUCUUCAGUUAAACUCCACUGAUCACGCGUGCAGGGUCACGUCUGCUGACCAGGUGGCAAUGGUCAGGCCCAGACCCUCGGAGGAUAAGCUCCUUCAAGCAGUAGAACAGCUAACACUCACUGUUGAUAGUCUCAGACAGGAAGUUCACCAGUCACAUGAGAAACAUGGUCUUCUUGCGGACCGUUUCAGACAGAGGGGCUACUACUCCCCUGAGCGUUAUGGCAGAGAUAGUUCCCGGAGAUCCAGUCCUAGCCCCAAUGCACACCAGAGAUACAGCGAGCAGGACACUGACUGGAAAGGCCACUAUCCCUCCUCCCCCAGAUCAGGGACCUAUGCUAGAUAUGAGCGUACGGAUUAUCCUCGCAGUCCCGGCCCAGCGGCGAGGGGACGCAGGGAUCCCAGACCACGUUCAAGACAAAGUUGUGCAAAGCUGGCCUAUCCCACGGACUGCGACAGAGAUGCAUCAUGCACUGCUGUGGGCGCCGUCCUGGGACAGAAACAAGAGCAGACUGAAAAAGUAGUGGCUUACGCCAGUCAUGUCUUGACAAAAGCGGAGAAGAAGUGGUCCACAUAUGACCGAGAACUUUGGGCUAUUGUGUGGGCAUUGGUACAAAGCCAUUUCAGGCUCCGCUUCGGGCUCCGCUUCGGGCUCCGCUUCGGGCUCCGCUUCGGGCUCCGCUUCGGGCUCCGCUUCGGGCUCCGCUUCGGGCUCCGCUUCGGGCUCCGCUUCGGGCUCCGCUUCGGGCUCCGCUUCGGGCUCCGCUUCGGGCUCCGCUUCGGGCUCCUCUUCGGGCUCCGCUUCGGGCUCCGCUUCUCCCUGACUCUGUACCGAUAA